CUCGUUUCCCCACCCCCUUUGGCCGCCACCGCCGCUCGUUUCCCCAUCCCCUCGCUGCGGCGGCUGCAGCCACCGCCACCGCCAUGCUCCGGCUCCGGAGCUGCGUCCUCACUCAGCUCCUCUCUUCUCCACCCCGCUCUCCCGCCACCCAGCUCCGCCGCCUCAUCUCCGCCGCAGCGCCGACCAUCUCGCCGAACCCUACCAGCUUCGCCGUAGAGGACUACCUCGUCGACACCUGCGGCCUCGCCCGGCCCCAGGCACUCGAGGCCUCCGCCAAGCUCUCCCACCUCAAGUCCCCCGCUAACCCCGACGCCGUGCUCGCCUUCCUCGCCGGCCUCGGCCUCUCCGGCGCCGACGUCGCCUCCGUCGUCGCCAAGGACCCGCCUUUCCUCUGCGCCAGCGUGGAGAGGACCCUGGCCCCCGUCGUCGCGGGGCUCACCGCCCUCGGCCUGUCGCGUCCCGACAUCGCGGGCCUCGUCUCGCUCUCCCGUGAGAGAUUCCGCCGUAUGUCCAUCGUCUCCAAGCUGCAGUACUACCUGCGCUUCUUCGGCUCCUUCGGGAGCCUCCUCCCCGCUCUCAGGCGUGGCCUAUGCCUUCUCUCGGCCAACCUCGAGACAGUGGUCAAGCCCAAUGUUGCGUUCCUGCGGGAGUGCGGGCUAGUCGACCGCGACAUUGCCAAGCUGUGCGUCGCUCAGCCAUGGCUGCUCGCCUCCAACACACAGCGCGUCCGGGCAGUGGUGGCACUUGCCGAAGGUAUCGGCGUGCCUCGUGGCUGUAGGAUGUUCAGACACGCCUUGCACGCUGUUGGACGCCUCAGCAAGGAGAAGAUCGCCGCCAAAGUGGGUUACUUGAAGGCGACGUUCAGGUGGUCAGAUGCUGAGGUCGGCGUCGUCGUGUCCAAGUUUCCGUAUGUGCUGCUAAGUUCUAACCAGAUGCUGCAGAGCAAGUCCGAGUUCCUAAUCCCUGAGGUGGGGUUGGAACCGGCAUACAUCGCUCACCGGCCGGCAUUGCUCUUGUACAGCCUGGAGGGCCGGAUGAAACCCCGGUACUACGUUCUAAAGUUUCUUAAGGAAAAUGGAUUGCUGGAUCAUGACCGAGACUACUAUAAUGCAGUCAAGCUGGCAGAGAAGGUAUUUGUGGAGAAGUUCAUAUGCCCUCAUCAGGAAGCUGCGCUGCACCUCACAAAAGACUAUGAUGCCGCUUGCAAAGGGGAAAUGCCGACUAAUUUCAGAUUCACAUGAGCCAUGAACGGGUUAUGAAAAUUCGUUUAACUGUGUGCUGGUUGUCCGUUGAUGUUUGUCUGCUAGAUAUCCUGGGCUGGUCGUUGUCCGUUGAUGUUUGUCUGCUAGAUAUCCUGGGCUGGUCGUUGUCUGUUGAUGUAUGUCUGGUAGAUAUCCUGGGCUGGUCGUUGCUAACGUGUGAUGAAACUGAUAGUUUGUUUCUUGAAUCCUGAUAUGUAGUGCCAUCAUUCAGUUGAGAAGGAACCAUGGCUUCAUUAUCAACUUCUUCGUCCGCAUUAAUGUUUUUAAACGCAUGUAUUGGAAGUUGGAACUAAGAAAUUGUGAGAUGAAGCCAUUCUGCAAUGCAAAUUAAAAUUUCAGUUUUCAAGUUAA